UUGCCGCUGGUGACAGUGAGUGGGCAGAGUGUGACAAAGUCAAAAAAACCUGGUGGCGGUGGCUUUUACGCAGAAAAUGAGAGGAAAUCAGUCGAGUCACGCUGUGGAUUGUUUAGAAGGAUCAAUGGGCGAAAUUCUAAAAAAGCGAUCGGGUUGCUGAUUGCUAAAUCGUUUUGAUAAACUGCCUUCAGUCACUUAAAUGAUGAGCUGAUGAAUGAGGAACAGCGAUGGUAACGUCAAACAGGAGGAAGACGCUGAGGUGAUGGAGGAACCGCCACGAAAUUAGUCCAAAAACAAAUGACUGAUGAUUAUUUUCUUAUGAUGGGACCAAGAACGUGGUUUUAACGCUUUAUGGACUCUAAAUAACUUUUUUUUCUACCAUGCAUAAGCGAUGGAUAUGUCGGAGGCUCCCGAUCUUGGUUUUCACCUUCUUCAUCAUUCUUUACGUGGACUUUCAGUUACGCACCAGCAGCUUUCCCAAACGCAGCGUGGCUCAUCAUCCGGCACCCGGCGCGCUACCCAGGUCCAUCCGGCAGCCUCCAUCCGCGGCCAAGGACGCGCAGGACCCGGCUAGCAACGGGAGCAGCGCGGCCGGAGGUCACCCGGGCUCUGAGGGCGCACAUGUCACCCGGCCGAAACUGAAGCUGGAGGACAUCUUCGUCGCCGUGAAGACCACCCGCAGGUUCCACAAGACGCGCCUCGCGCUCCUGCUGGAGACGUGGAUCUCCAGAACCAGGGCGCACACUUUCAUUUUCACAGACGCAGAGGAUGAAGACUUGCGUUCAGAAGGUCUGAACAUGGUGGUAACAGGCUGCCAGUCAGAUCACAGCCAACAGGCUCUGUCCUGCAAGAUGUCUGCCGAGUACGACGGCUUCAUGGCCUCAGACAAGAGGUGGUUUUGUCACGUGGACGAUGAUAACUACGUGAACCCGGAGGCCCUCCUCUCCCUGCUGUCGGCCUUCCCCCAGGACAGCGACAUCUACGUGGGCAAACCGAGUCUGGACAAGCCCAUCACUGCUCACGAACUGCUGGAGGGCAAUGCGACGAGGGAAGUGCGUUUCUGGUUCGCUACUGGAGGAGCAGGAUUCUGUCUGAGUCGGCGGCUGGCGGAGAAAAUGGCUCCUUGGGCCAGCGGCUCCCGGUUCGAGCAGACGUCGGCGGCGAUCCGCCUCCCCGACGACUGCACGGUGGGCUUCAUCGUGGAGAAGAGGCUGGGCAUCUCCAUGGUCCACUGUCCUUUAUUCCACUCCCACCUGGAAAACCUGCUGCUCGUCAGCCACAGAAGCUUGCCACACCAGGUGACUCUGAGCUAUGGGAUGUUUGAGAACAAGAUGAACAGCAUUGAGGUGAAAGGGAGCUUCUCUAAGGAGGAAGACCCCUCCAGGUUUAAGACUGUCCACUGCAUACUGUAUCCGUUCACCAGCUGGUGUCCUUGAGCUCGUCACGGAGGACUACCACGUCCAAACGCUCACGGGAUGAGGCUGGUGAUCGUGCUGGUCGGGGUACUUCCCCUGGGUAUCGUCUGAAUGCAGAGAAAACAGAUGGAUGUGAUUGGAUGGAGCGGUCUGAGAAGCAGGAAGUGGAAGUGAAGAUUUGGAAAUCUGUUGACCUACGACCGCUCGCUCUUAGUUGUCCUCCUGGGCCUGCUCCGAGUGAUCAGACGGACAGAAAACAGGAUCUUGACUCUAAACUGGGGACAGUUUUCUCUUCUUCAGCUCAGAGUCACAAACAGACUGUUAAAUGAAGAAACUGAGGACUUGUGUCUUUACUACUGAAUGUUUUUGCUUGUUUGGAACAUUUUAUCUGUGGGAGUGAAGCACUUAAGACAUGAAAUUGUAAAUAUUUCUAAAAACUGACAGAAAGUUCUGUUUACAUUGAUGACAUUUAGAUUCAUGUUUUGUUUUACUUUUUCGUCAUGAUCAUACAAAUUGUCAAAUUUUGUAAAGCUGAUGAUUUGAAGUACACAGAAGGUGCAAAUAGCACGGCUGCAGCAGGCUUAUUUUUAGUUUUCAUUGAUGUGUGUGUGUGUGUGUGUGUGUGUGUGUGUGUGUGUGUGUGUGUGUCGUUAUGAAGGGGACUAUGUCCUUGUGUCUAUGAAGUGUGCAGACACUGACCCAUUCUGACCCACCCCGUUCUCCCUCCUUAUCCAAACCUCCUGUUCUCCCUCCCUCCUUUUCUCACUUGCUCCCUUCUUUCCUCCACCCCUCCAUCUGUCUCUCUGUUUACUCAGUUUUGUCCACAGUCACCGCGCUGUGCCUCCUCCAAGGCCACGGCUGAAAGUAAACUGAACUUCCACUCGU